CCGCACCCUCUCCUUGCUUCCCUCGUUCAUGAUCCCUCAUCGAUCCUCGUCCGAGUCGCCGUACUGCUCGCCCCCACCCUCGUACCACACCGCGCCAAGUUCACCGAACCUUGGGCAAUCGACAAUGCUUCCCACGCACGCCGAUGAGACGACGCCGCUUUUCAUCGUCAAGCUGAAGCGCUCUUCGAAAUUUGACUGGCUGAGGGCGAUUAGAUACCUCUGCUUCGCGGUCCCCGCCGUCAUCCUCAUCUGCACGAGCUGGCCGCGCAAGACGCCCGUGGAGCCCGAGGUCUACUGGGACGUCCCCCUCGUCCCCGAGACCGACUGCCUGGGCUACGGCACGCGCGCGUACUCGGCCAAGUUGAACAUCUUGCCGCCCGCGCCCAAGGAUUGGCACAAGAUCUGUAUGGGCGAGGCGCCGGAGGUCGAGGUGACGGGCAGGAUCCUGGAGAAGCCGGCGUGGUGCAACAUGGGGACCAACCAAACCGUCUUCGGACACUGGAUCGUCGAUUUUGAUGAGCCCGAGUGCAUCAGUAGCUGGGGUCAGUUCGACGACAAGGGGUGCACGACGGAAGCGUCGGGGUUCCGCACCUACGAGGCUACGCUCUUCGGCCGCCUCGACGCAGGCGCCUGGCGCGACAUGUGCCGCCGCACGCCUGCCAUCGUGCACGGCAUCAAGUUUACAGGCGCGAUGCGCUGCUAUCAUGAGGAAGGUAAACGAAUCUAUGGUGCGUGGGACCUUGAGGACGAGACGUGCGCGUAGUAGAGAUGAAGUAGUCGACUGUAUAUUUGUAGAUGAAAUGGCUGAAAGUCGAAGUCUACUGCAAUUCCACGCCGUACUUGUCUGCCAAAGCGC